AUGCGUUACAUCCACAGCGAGGAGACUCUGGAGGUGCCUGAGGGCGUCUCCGUCCAGAUCAAGGCCCGCAAGGUCACCGUCACCGGUCCCCGAGGCAAGCUGUCCAAGGACCUGUCCCACUUGGCCGUCUGCUUCUCCCACCCCAAGAAGAACGUCAUCGGUAUCGAGAUCCACCACGGUGCCCGCAAGAACGUUGCCGCUCUCCGUACCGUCCGCACUCUGAUCAACAACUUGAUCAUCGGUGUCACCAAGGGCUUCAAGUACAAGAUGCGCUACGUCUACGCCCAUUUUCCCAUCAACGUGAACAUCGACAAGAACUCCGAGACCGACCUGUACGAGGUUGAGAUCCGCAACUUCAUUGGCGAGAAGCUGGUCCGCAGAGUCGUCAUGCGCUCUGGCGUCGAGGUCAAGGUCUCCGCUGCCCAGAAGGACGAGCUUGUUCUGGAGGGUAACUCGCUGGAGGACGUCUCGCAAAGUGCCGCCGACAUCCAGCAGAUCUGCAAGGUGCGAAACAAGGAUAUCCGUAAGUUCUUGGACGGUAUGUACGUGUCGGAGAAGGGUAACAUUGUUGAGGAGGCUUAA